AUGGCACUCCAUCCUACCGCUUCCUUCCCAACUCCGGCUGAGCUAGCUUUAGCACUCCUUGUGCUCAAAUCGAAGCCAGUCGAGUCGUCUUUAGAAGAUUAUAUCUACAGCCUGCGGCGUUGUAUCUGCCCUGGAGGUCGAACCCCCCGAGGGCGCCUUGACAGCUGUGCGUUCUGGAGGCAGGCCUACGAGAAAUCAGAAGUGGCUCAUAGUGAUCUUCUCAACAAGCAUCAUGAGCUUGAACAACAGAUUGAACAGCUGCGCGGUGACCUGCGCCAGUCGAGAGCAGAUCAUGCGCAGGCUGGGCUAAAGAGGAAAAGAAGUGUGAAUCAAGCGACGAAACAGAGCACCAAUUGCAAGCCCACCUCCGCAGAUGCAGACACGGGUGGAACGCAACGACUAGGUAGAGGCUUAGAAGGUACGAAUGCAGAUCUCGACAGCAACGACGACCUGGGUGGAUCCGCUCUUGCCAGAAACCUCAUUGCUCUUCGACGACUCCUUUCUGCGCGAAGGUUAGACAGCAAUGCUCUUGCAAAAAGCCUCAGCAGAACAUGUGCAGCAGCAGAUGUAUCGCUGUCUGAGCCAAUCAGAGCCAUUUCUCUCGGAUCGGCCAAAGUCGCAAAAGCUAAGGAGGUAGGUGAAGCUACAUUAGCGGGUCUCAUCAAGACCUCUCGUGCUUUGCGCCUUUGCUAUCCAAGUUUGCUUCGAGCCGUGGAGAGGCUGUCUACCCAGGAGAGUACCCACCAGUGCUCUGUCUAUGCCGUCGUUCAGCUGUUCCAAGAAAUACUAGGCCAUCUCCACGACAUUGCGGCAUUAGCAGCAGCCAGAACUCUCGACGGCUGCGGGUCUCUUAAGCAGAACAAGACACGCACCGUCAAGCAGCAACCCAUGGCGACGCUAGAUUUCGGUGAAAUAUGCAGGUCUUUAGCCAAGCUAGCCAUGUGUUUUUUCGAAUCGCUUGAUCUGGCCCUACCUUCACACAACAAAAUUCUGGAAGGCCUAAUCUGCGUGUUCCUGGAUCAUUUGGGCUCAUCACUCUCUUUGAGCAUUUUUGCUGAUGUGGAAUCUCCUGCGUCUAAAUCUGCCCACCUUGGCCUCCUUCCACCUUGCGGUCUUCUGGACACGUUUGGCGUGGACCAAGAAACUGCAAUCUGCACAGUGCAGCAUGAGGCCAGGUAUCUUGUCACCAUCCUUCGCCAAGUUAUGCUCAUUAUUGACAAGCAACAAUCUCUCAUACUAUCUAACUCUGUUUCGCUCCUCAGCUUGCGAAAGUCUCUCACCAUAAGCAACAAUACUUUCGCUACCAAAAUUCGAAACAAGUUGCAGCACACACUUCUUCGGGGUGUUUUCGGCGAUAAUGAUGAGUCGUUCAAGGAGGCAAUCCGAAGACCUGACACGAAGAUUGUUGACGACGAUGUGGAUGUCACAUGCAAUGGACGAGAAGAAGUUGGAGAGUGGUUCGUAGGGGAGGUGUGGGCGCUUGUAGGGUGGGAUAGUUUGCUGGGAUAG